CACGUGGGAAUUACGACGUUGCUCGUCGCAUUCUCCUCUUGAUUGCAUACCACCAUCUACGGCCCCUCAUGUCCCGCAGAACAGCUGUAGUCGAAGAGUUCGACGACGAUACGGACCUGCCGUUGCCCAGCCAGCCUCUUCCCAACACAGGAUACAAUGGCCCUCUACUGCAGGAAAUAAAUUCUGAUGACGAUUUUGACCUUCCUUCCCCGCGUGCAGGCCCCGCGUCGUCGCCGUCGUCACAGUCACAGUUCCUGCCCACAUCGUCUGACAGUGUGAAUGCAAAGAACUCGGUAACGGACAUUACGCCCUAUAAGAAGUGGACAUGUAUAUACCCAAUAUAUAUCGAUGCAAAGCGUCCAUAUAGUACUGGGCAGCGUAGGGUAGCACGCGAAAAGAGUGUGUGGUGGCCUCUUAGCAAAGACAUUGCAGAAGCUACGAACCGACUCGGUCUAGGCACCCUCCACGAAGUGAACAAGGCCCACCCCCGGGAUUGGGAGAACCCAGGCCGGGUUAGGGUGCUGUGGAAGAAGGACGGUCGGCUCAUGAAUCCUGCCAUCCAGACCAAAAAGCAGCUCUUGGAGAUGGUCUGCAUACAGAUACAACGUCUAAAGCCCGAGAAUAUCCCCAGACCUCCCUAUAACACUUCUCCUGCCAAGGUCGAGCCGAUUGUUCCUGCACCAAAGCCGCAUACAACAACUUCGGCAUCGACCAAGGGCAAGCAACCCGCAACGAUGAAAUCCAAGUCACCUUCAGCGCCGCAGUUGACCAAGACUAGCGGUAGACGACCUCCUAUACCUCCAGAACCUCAUCCCCCACUCGCUAGUCGCGUAUCGCCUUACUCCCCCGCUAUAUCCACGGGUGUUCUGAUAGAGACAGUCAAGGCAGGGAUGACCGCCCAGGAAGCCAAUGCCGCUCCUGGUUCUGCUCCCGGUGCACCUGGAUUGCCCAGUGGCGCACAGAAAGGAAAGCGGAAAGUGGUGAGGGUCAGAGGAUGAAUUGUGCUUAUCCCACAGUAUGUAUGAAGGGAAUUGUAAUACAUCGUUUUUCUGAAUACCC